AGUUUCGGUAGCAAUCAUAAAAGAGUCUAGUCACCUUCUGUCACGCAAGCAAAAUCAACCCGUUCUAAUGCGGCAGCAAUAAACAAAGUAAUUUGUCCUAGAACAGGUUAAAUCCACCUACAAUUGGGCGGUGACUUCUCCUAACCCAAAAAAAACACUCGGCUUCUUUGCUUUCGGUCAUCAGUCUUAGAAGUGAAUCGACCAUGAAAACUGCUAGAUCUAUAUCUCGGACAUGUUUUCUUAUUUUUCUACUUUGCUCCUUACUUAUUUUAGUGGCAUGUGAUGUGGAAUCUCAAAGUGUCGUAGCAGUUAAUUACACCAUACUCACUCGGUCUACAAACGGAAUACCAAUAUCACCGCGAACUGAGAAAAGUCUUCCUGGCGGAGGUUGGACGGACAAGUUACUAGCGCCAUUACGUUCCUUAAUGGGCACUCGAGCAUACGAUCCAUGGCGCUACUUUAUGUCCGUGAAACGUCGUGAAUUGAACGAAAGGAGGUCAUCUUCUUCCUCGUCAUCAAGAUUUUUCUCAACGUCAAUUCCAGCCGAAUUUGAUGCCCGUCUACGCUGGCCCAACUGUCCAACAAUAGGGGAAAUUUUCGAACAAGGCUCUUGCGCUUCCUGCUGGGCUGUAGUGCCCACUGAUGUGAUGAGUGAUCGCAUAUGCAUCCAUUCCGGAGGUCGUCAUGUUGUACGCUUGUCCGCUGGAAAUUUACUCGCUUGUUGUCGCCUGUGUGGUAAAGGUUGUAAAGGCGGAUUUCCCGGAGGAGCAUGGAUGUACUGGAAGAAGCAGGGCAUCGUUACAGGGGCAUCCUACUCCUCAGAUUACGGUUGUCAAAAAUAUCAGUUCUAUCCGUGUUAUCAACCGAGGAUUGAAGGAUCGCCGAAAACUAAAUGUCCUAAAACUGAAAACACUUUACUGCAAUGCCAAAAAACAUGCAGAGCGUCAUACGCAAGAAGUUACAAACAAGACCUCUAUUAUGGUGAGAGUGUUUACAGAAUACCAAACGACGUUCGAGCCAUCCAAUUAGAAAUUCUGGAACACGGGCCCGUCCAAGCCAAUCUAAGGAUCUAUGAGGAUUUCCUAUACUAUAAAUCAGGUGUUUACCAGCACAAAAGCGGAAAAGGUUUGGAAUACCAUGCUGUCAAGUUAUUUGGCUGGGGAACUGACGAAAAAGGCACUCCUUAUUGGUUAGCUGCUAAUCCGUGGAGCAAGCGCUGGGGCAACGGAGGUUUUUUCAAGAUUCUUCGAGGAUCCAACCAUGCGGAAAUCGAAGAUCACAUUAUGGCUGGCAUACCUAAAUUGGCUCCGACCAAUGUAGAUGAUCACGAACUUAAUUUAAUUUAAAAGCGUAAGAAUUAUUUGGCAAUUUAAUUUCCACAAACAAUUAUUUUAUUAUGAAAAAUGUGCAUAGAACACAAUUUUAUUAUGGAUCGGGCGUGCGAGAUCAUUUGGUCUGAAAACAUUCUACUGUAUCUGCUACUCUUGUGAGAUGGAAAAUAAGUUAAUUAAAUUGAAAAUUAAGCUAAAAA